AUGAUUAGUGGAGACAAUUCUUCUAACAAACAAGCGUCAAGUGGUGAAUCAAAUGAAGCGGAACCCCAUGCGAUGAUGGAGGACAACGUAGAAAGUUUAAGUGAUGAUUCCUAUCAACAUCCUAUGCAAAGAAGAUUUGUGAAUAAUCCAAUGAUGAGAGAUCAGGAUGAUCAAAUACUGGAGGAAGAUGACAAUUGUUAUGGAGGAGGAAACGAUAUUCACCCUUUCAACAUGGGGAACAUUCCUAAUAACACCUCUUUCAACAUGGGAAACAAUAACAAAUCUGGUGCUUUGCCAAAUAGUAGUAGCGGAACUGGAUCAUCUUCUCUUUCUCAAGGAGUACCACAAAGUGCUAAAAACGCUGCCAAGAAACGUCGUAGAUUCACUCCCGAAGAAGACAAAAAGAUCAAGGAAGGAAUUGCCAAAAACAAGAAAGACAAUAACAUUGAUUGGGAUGGUGUUGCAAAGUAUGCAGGAAUUGAAAGAACAAAAGAACAGAUUAAAAGUAGAUAUCUCAGAAUGAAGAAGGAGGAACCAGAGCAAGCUAGCACAGCCCAACAAGCAAACAGUAGCGGUUCAUCUUCAAGCACGCCACAAAUUCAACAACCUCCAACGUCACAACACCAAACCAUCACUUCACAAACUACCAAUCAAUCGAACACCCAUGUAGCUGCAACGCCCACCAAUGUUUCCUCAGCUCAACCUUCCCCCAUAGUUUACAUGGCUCCACCAUCACAAAAUGACAAUAACCAACCACCACAGCAUUCUUCUACCAAACCUCAUGAUCAUUCCCUUAGUGUUGAAAGUGAAGAACUUAAUCCUUCAGAAAUGAUACCCUCCACCAAAAAACAAAAGACUCUUCCUCAGAUGUUUCAACAAUUACAGACGGGUAACACUGCCUCCAAAAAACCUUCCACAUCAUCUUCCAUUCCUCCAACCUCUUCCAAUCAGAACAGCAACAGCCUUUUUGGUGACAUAAGCAACAGCAAUAGUAGCUUUGCUCAAUUAUUUAACACAAAUUCGAUAUCUAGUGCUUGUUCAAACACCACUCCUCCUUUAAAUGACCCUAAUCAACUUGUCCAACAACACUUUUCCAAACUUCAAAAUGAAAUUGAAAUUCUUAAGGAUCAAUUGAGGCAAAAGGAAAAAUAUAUAGAGCAAAUUGAACCUAAAAUUAAGAAUUAUGAUAAUGAAAUUGGCCAAUUGAAGAAUUUACUUCAAGACUAUGACAUAAAAACCGCUGAAAGAACUAAAAGGUUUCGUGAGAUUGCAGUUCAAUUUUUGAGAGAAAGGGCUGAAAGAGAAAGAAUUGAGGAUAAAAAGCGAGUCAAUGAAAAAACUAUUACCAUUGGUACCAUUACCUAUCAAAAGGGAAUGGAAGUUUAUGAAGUCUGGCAAGACGGAACACUAUUCCAACAGUACAAAGAAACAGAAAAUAGAAUAUCAAUGGAAAGAGACAAGCUUGAAAAGCAAAAGAAGACAAUCCAAAAGCAAAGGCAACAACUCAAAAAGGAACAGAUAAGUCAUUCUUCUAUCAAUGAUCCAGAUUUUGCAAGAAGAUUGGAGGAACAAAUGAAUGACUUGAACGAACAAGAAGAAACCAUAAAACUUCGACUGAAUCAUUUGAAGAAAGAGGAAACUCAAAAUUCAGCAGAGCAAGAAAAGCUGUUUAUUGAGAAGAGCAUUCAGAUUAGAGAGAUUAAGAGAAUUAGGGAUCAAGAAAAGUCCAUGUUCAAGAAUUAUCCUAUUAUAGGACACCAAAAGUAUAUUCCAACAACUCCUGAAGGUCCAGGAACUCCUCAAAUCAAUGGACAACAGCCUCAGCCAAGUAAUCAUCAUGAGUAUUUCUUGAUGAAAAUGCUUGGUAAAGGAGGUUUCUCCGAAGUCUACAAAGCCUACGAUUUAACAGAUUUCAAGGUGGUAGCAUGUAAAAUACACCAACUCAAUCCCAACUGGAAGGAACACAGAAAAGAAAAUUAUAUCAAACAUGUACUUCGAGAAUGCCAGAUCAACCAGAGUAUUAAUCAUGACAAGCUGAUCAAAAUGUAUGACACAUUUGUUUUUGAUAACAAUACCUUUGUGACGGUUUUGGAGUAUUGUGAGGGUGCUGAUUUAGACUUGUACAUUAAAAAGCACCAGAGGGUACCUGAAAGAGAGGCAAAGAACAUUAUUUCUCAAAUAUUUAGUGGGCUCAAUUACCUAAGCCAGCAAAAACAAAAAGUGAUUCACUACGAUCUAAAACCUGCCAAUAUUUUAUUCGACAAAGAUGGAAACAUUAAGAUCACUGACUUUGGACUUUCUAAAAUUAUGGAUGAUGAGGAAAGUAUAGAACUUACGUCGCAAGGUGCAGGAACCUAUUGGUACUUACCUCCUGAAUGUUUUCAUAAUCCAUCUGGUGAGGGACCACCACCAAAGAUAUCCAACAAAGUUGAUGUCUGGUCUGCAGGAGUUAUCUUUUAUCAGAUGCUCUAUGGAACGAAACCUUUCGGUAACAAUCUAUCCCAACAGAAGAUUCUUAGCGAAGGAACCAUUGUCAAUGCAACACAAGUUGGUUUUCCAGACAAGCCAAGCGUAUCAGAAGAGGCAAAAGAUUUUAUAAGGCGCUGUCUCACCCAUGACAUGGCAAAACGGCCUGACGUUAAAACUCUUUACAAUGAUCCAUAUCUACGAGGUACUACAUCCUCGUCGACAGGUUCAUCAUCCUCUAAAAGCAAGAAGAAAGACAAAGAACAAUCUUCCAGCAGCACUCCCACAAAUACUACCCCCACAAACUUCCUUUCCUAUCACCAAUAG